AUUUUCACUCCUCCCCCUCACACCAAACAUCAUUCUCGGUACUCUUCUUCUUCUUCUUCUUCUUCUCCUUGCUUGCUAAUUAAGGAUUAAUGAGGAGGCUACUCUGCGUUUUAGUACUCCUCCUCGCUACCCAGUGCGUCGUUUCUGCAUCGGGCUUCAAUGGAGCUGCAGAGCCGGACGCCGUCCAUUUCGAUACCGGCGGUCUGAGCAGAGCAAGCUUUCCGAAGAACUUUCUGUUCGGAACGGCGACGUCUGCUUAUCAAGUUGAAGGAAUGGCUGAUGAGGACGGUCGUGGCCCUAGCAUUUGGGAUGAAUUCGUAAAACUCCCUGGGAUUGUUGCAAACAACGCCACCGGCGAAGUUGCAGUAGACCAAUACCAUCGUUACAGGGAAGAUGUGGAUAUCAUGCAUAAAUUGAACUUUGAUGCCUACAGAUUCUCAAUUUCCUGGUCUAGAAUUUUCCCAGAUGGAACUGGCAAAGUUAACUGGAAAGGAGUUGCAUAUUACAAUAGAUUGAUUAACUACCUGAUUGAAAAAGGCAUUACUCCAUAUGUCAAUUUGUAUCACUAUGAUCUUCCUCUGGCACUAGAGAAGAAGUACAAUGGGCUGCUAAAUGACCAAGUAGUGAAGGAUUUUGCAGACUAUGCUGAUUUCUGCUUCAAAAUGUUUGGAGACAGAGUGAAGAACUGGAUGACAUUUAAUGAACCGAGAGUGGUAGCUGCUCUCGGGUAUGACAAUGGCUUCUUUGCUCCAGGAAGGUGUUCUAAAGAGUUUGGAAAUUGUACUGUUGGAAACUCAGCAACAGAGCCUUACAUUGUUGCCCAUCAUUUGAUUCUAUCUCAUGCUGCUGCUGUUCAGAGAUACCGCGAAAAGUACCAAGAAAAGCAAAAGGGAAAGAUUGGAAUUUUGUUGGAUUUUGUAUGGUAUGAACCUCUUACCAGAUCCAAGGCUGACAACUAUGCAGCUCAAAGAGCAAGAGACUUCCAUGUUGGAUGGUUUAUUCAUCCAAUUGUAUAUGGUGAAUAUCCAAGGACAAUGCAAGAAAUUGUUGGGAAAAGAUUACCCAAGUUCACAAAAGAAGAGGUUAAGAUGGUGAAAGGCUCCAUUGAUUUUGUGGGUAUCAACCAGUACACUACCUAUUACAUAUCUAACCCACCCCCAUCAAAUCCUAAGGUCUUGGGUUACCAGCAAGACUGGAAUGCUGCAUUUGUUUAUGAGAAGAAAGAAGUGCCAAUUGGUCCAAGAGCAAAUUCUAAUUGGCUCUAUAAUGUACCUUGGGGGAUGUAUAAGGCUUUGAUGUAUAUAAAGGAACGAUAUCAGAACCCUACUGUGUUUCUCUCUGAAAAUGGGAUGGAUGAUCCAGGAAAUGUCACACUUCGUCAAGGACUACACGACACUACCAGAAUAAACUUUUACAAAGGAUAUCUGACGCAAUUGAAGAAGGCAGUAGAUGAUGGAGCAAAUGUAGCUGGUUACUUUGCCUGGUCGUUGGUUGACAAUUUUGAAUGGAGAUUAGGAUACACUUCAAGGUUUGGAAUUGUAUAUAUCGACCGGCCUAACAACUUGAAGAGGUAUCCUAAGAUGUCUGCCUAUUGGUUCCGGACACUGCUUCAGAGGAACCGACAUUGAACAACGGCCAAAGGCACGGAAUACUCACUAUGUUUCAGCUAGCUAAAUAAUGUUGUUCAAGUAAAAGCAUACAUCAAGUUAAUAAUCCUCCAGAUAGUGUUAAAUUAGCCACUUCCUUUCAUUAUGUUAGAUUUCUUUUACCAUCCAAGAGCAUUAGUAGUACAGCUCAAGCUUGCAAAUAAGAAACUAUUCCUAUUGAA